AUGAAUGAACGGCGGGCGGGCGGUAACGGCGCGGAGCCACCGCGCAUGCGCAGCCCGCUCCGGGUCACCUUCCCGCGCUCGGCGCACGCGCCCUGCGCUGAGGGGGAAGCGCGCGCGGCCCGCGCAGGCGCGGAGCGAGCGCCCGGCGUGAGGGGAAGAGGAGGCGGCAGCGCCAGCGGGGACCGGGACGAGCAGGGCGCCGUGGCCGCCAUGUACCGGCACGUCACCGCCACCGUCACCGCCGCCGUCCGCCUCCGGCCCGGCCGCGCCUGGGCCCCGGCAGCGGCCGCAGCGCCCGGAACGACCCCGCCGCGUCGCCGCUACCGAGCGCGGCUGCAAGACCUGGAGCCCCCCCUGGUCCCUGGCCCGGCCCUGGCCCUGCUGCCCCCCCCGCGCUGUCCCCAGGCCCGGCCCCCCGGGACCCCCCCGCGGGGGCUGGAGGGGCUCGGGGGUCCGGUCACCACGGUGGACGGGCGGCGUGAGGACGACAUCGCCGUCAGGGACCCCCCCCGGCUGCUGCUGGGACCCCCGGGACCCCCCCCGGGCACCCCCGGGACCCCCCCCGGCCGCCGGCCCAACCCCCCGUCCAUGGAGGAGCACUUGGCCACCAUGCACGAGAAGCUGCGGCACGAGCUCCCCAAUUUCUUCCUGAAGAUCCCGGACUACGCCCUGUACGCCCCCGACGUGGAGUUCCAGUGCCACCUGCUGCACCUGCACACGCGGGGCCGUGCCAUGUACGCGGUGGCCGUGGCGCUGUGCCGGGCGCUGGCCUGGGGCUACUUCGCCAGCCUGAGGCUGGAGGUGCUGGCGCUGACCCGGCACCCCGAGGACUGGAGCGUCCGAGCGCGCUGGCGCCUGACCGGGCUGCCCCUGCACCUGCUGCUGCUGCGCUGGUACCGCCGCGACAAACGGGCGCUGCUCAGGUCUUACGACGCCUUCUCCACCUUCUUCCUCAACUCGCAGGGGCUCAUCCGCUGCCACCCGCGUGGACAAGCUGAUGCCAGCCCCCACGGCCGUCCCCGAGCCCAAGAAGCUGCUGGUGGCCGCGGCGCUGGCCGUGGCCCUGGCCCGGCCCUGAAGCCGCCGAGGGGGACACCUGAGCGCCCCUCCCCCCUCGGAGUGUCCCCUUUGUCCCCUCCCCUGUCCCCCCCCGCCCCCCCCCCUUAACUUAAUGUACAGAAUAAACUCAGCGAGCGGUGAC